AUGGAGAAGCCUCUUCUCCCGGAGACGCCUAAGCUGCAGGUGAUCGGCGCUGGGUGGGGCCGCACGGGGACGAACAGCGUCAAGCUAGCGCUCGAGAAGCUGCUGGACGGGCCCUGCUACCACAUGUUCGAGUGCGUCAAGCGCCCGGACUUCCAGCUGUGGAUCGACGCCUACAACGGCAAGAAGCCUGAAUGGGAUAAGAUUUUUACCCACAAGGAUGGCGGAACCUACAAGGCGACACUGGACUAUCCGGCCUGCGGCAUGUACAGAGAGCUCAUGGAGGCGUAUCCUGAUGCCAAGGUCUUGUUGACGGUGCGAGACCCCGAGAAAUGGUACGACAGCGUCAUUGACACCAUUUGGUCCUGGCGCUGCGCUGAGCAGAACUGGUCUGUGAGGAUCUUCCAAGCGGGCCGAAACUUCCAGACACAAGCUCAGCUCUUCCACAAGGCUACGAUGCUGCCGGGGGUGAAGCGCACGGACAGAGAGGGCUCCAUUCAAUCCUUCAAGGCUUGGGUGGAGCGCGUGAAGUCAACAGUUCCGCCUGAGAAGCUGCUGGUGUUUGAUGUGAAGGAGGGCUGGGAGCCGCUUUGCAAGUUCCUCAACCUGCCAGUUCCCGACGAGCCAUUUCCCAAUGUCAACGACCGGGAGUCGCUUAUCAAGGACAUGAACAAAACCUUGGUUUUCUGCUACACCUGCAAUUUCAUUGCCUUGCUGAUGGCUUUGGGUGUGGCCUACGGCUUGGUGCGCUUGGCGCAGUUCCUGGCGAAGCAGAGCCUGGCGAUCUUCGCAGUGCCAGUGGGCAAGGAGCAGCUUGUCACAGACGUGCUCCUGUCCAUGAGGAUAGAAGCCAAGGACUUUGGCGAGCGCAACAUCUUGGUGGUGCCGGCCAUUCUGGACGUUGACUCAAAGAAGAUCGUCGAAUUCCCGCCCAACAUCGGGAACUCCAAGUUGAUUCGCCAAAGCGCGGUGGCGCUGCCCGGCAUGGAGGAGGGCCAGGAUGCGGCUUGGGGCGAGGUGUUGGCAGCGGAGUUCGAGGAAGCGGAGCAGCAGGACAUUGGGGAGGUCAUGCAAUACGGCCUGGCUCUGGUGGUUCGGCGGGACGGGUCUAUUGCCCGCAGAGCUUACGGUCGGCCAAGCUGGAAGGUUGUUUUUUCCGAGACGGACGACUGA